GUGUGGAGGGUGCAGCUUUCCAGAGUAGACUUCCACAUGACCGUAUGACAUCUCAAGAAGCUGCCUGCUUCCCUGAUAUAAUCAGUGGGCCACAGCAGACUCAGAAGGUGUUUCUGUACAUCAGGAACCGCACCCUGCAGCUCUGGUUGGAUAACCCAAAGAUUCAGUUGACAUUUGAGGCAACUAUCCAACAAUUAGAAGCACCUUAUAAUAGUGAUACGGUGCUUGUUCACAGAGUACACAGCUAUCUGGAGCGGCAUGGUCUGAUCAACUUUGGUAUCUACAAAAGAGUGAAGCCCCUUCCAACCAAGAAGACUGGAAAGGUGAUCAUUAUCGGUUCUGGAGUCUCAGGGUUGGCAGCAGCUCGCCAGUUGCAGAGUUUUGGAAUGGAUGUCACAGUUCUGGAAGCCAGGGACCGAGUAGGAGGAAGAGUUGCUACCUUUCGCAAAGGGAACUACGUUGCUGACCUAGGAGCAAUGGUGGUAACAGGACUUGGAGGAAAUCCCAUGGCUGUGGUCAGUAAACAAGUGAAUAUGGAAUUGGCUAAGAUCAAACAAAAAUGCCCACUGUAUGAAGCAAAUGGACAAGCU